CCAAUGGAAUCACGAGAUUCAAACGUUGUCGCGGGAUCGCUUGUUGAGGUGUCCAUGUCAACGGUUCUUUUUCCUUGGAGUAAUUAUUGUUUUCACGAUGGAUUUUGAUUCCAUGAAGUAUAGCGAUCUACAAAAGCUUGCAAAGAAGGCAGGCAUUAAGGCGAAUAUGAAGGUGGAGAAACUUGUGAAGGCUCUUAAGGAAUACUACAAAGAUGACAGUCAUUAUGCACCAUCUACAGAAACUACAAAGCUUAAAAGUGUGGAGAUGACUGACACAAGUAACACCUGUACUGCUGCAGUGGAUGAUGAUCCACUAGAGAAAACUCAGAAACAGGAUCUGAAUCGAGUUAAGAAAGGAAGAAGGAGAGGCUGUCUGUAUCAGCCUAUGGUGACUGAGUUGGUGAAGGAAACACUAUCCACUGAAAGUCAACUUUCAGUAAGUGAAGAUACUGACAGUUGCACAAGAGAAGGAAGAUUACCCCAAACUAGUUCGGCACCCAGUAUUGAAUCUUCAUCCAUAACAGAGACUGCUGCAGAAAAGAAGAGACAGAGAACCCAACAGUCUCAGAAGAGCAUGCUGGGUGCAGGUGCCUCGCCCUUGGAACUGCAGACCAUGCCACCACUAACAUUGUCUAUGACAACACCUCAUAAACGGCAGCGGCAUAGUACUUUUGAUGUGGAGAAGCCCUUACUUGGGUAUAGUGUCACACCUGAGAUAAAGCAAAACUUGGGAAAGCAGGAUGAGGUGACCCCUAGCACAGAGGCAAUGCUGAAGUCAAUUUCUGGUGACAUGGGAAGUGAGGAGCGUAGAACUAAGUUAAUGGAUGCCAUCAACAAAAAAGUGGAAAUAAGCAUGGGGAAUACAGCACCCAUUUCCCACAUUCCUCGAUUUGCAGCGUUUUUGGCCAAACAGAAGCAAACGAAAACAGUCACACCAGGCAACAAGGACUGGGAGGAAGUUCACAAAAAAGCUUUUGCCAAAUUUGAUUCCAUUGAUGUGUAUUUGGAGAAGAGACGCAAACGAACUGAAGAGCUGUCAGCAUCAGUGAAGAAGGCACGUGGGAUCAUGCAAGAUGUCCAGGAAAAAGUCACAAAACUGAAGAACAGAAAAACUUCAACUAUUGGUAAACCUGAGCACCAGCCAUUCAAGCCAUCUAUUCUCUCCACCAAAGACAUGAACUUGAGCUUUGAAAGUUUAUCAGAAAGUGCAAACAAGAAACAAUCUUCAAGCAAGAUAUUCCAUCCUACUGUGGUUUCAACCAAAAACAUGAGCCUCAAUUUUGCAGCUUUGAAGUCACCAGUCUGCAGAACAGCAGUCAAGUGCACACCUCAAUCAUCUGUGCAUUCAUCAGGCACUAAGAUGGUAGUCAGUGUCAGAAAGUCCCUGAACACAUCUGUUAAAGUGACCGGAAACACACCUUUCUGUUUCACUGGUAACAACAAUACAACUACCAGUAGCCUCAACAACACCACGUUCACCAAAUCAGCGUCCAAGACAUUCAAUCUUCAGGCUAGCCUGGCACGACCCAUCACUUGGAAACCACACACUGGCAAACUUCCAUCCCUAGAGACUGGCUACUUCAGCAGUGCAUCCAAUAUGACUCAGUCGGUGAAGAAAGCCACCAACAGGCAUGCAGAAAUGUACAAGAGUCGCAGGAAGCCUUGCAGUGAUACAAGGCGAGGUGCCAUUAUUGCCAAUAGAAUGAAUGAGAGAAACAGCACGCUAGCAAAGAGAAGAGGAGUAACAUCUUGAAGCAUUGUAAUCCCAAAUAAGAGAGUGUGCGAGGGAGGACAGAACUUACUGCUAAUUAACAUAAAUGCUUAGUAUGUAUAGUUACAUGUUCAGUUCUUUUUAAUUGUCAUCUUUAGCAUUGGUUGGUAACUAUAUACCUUACUAACCUUUAUUUGGUCAACACACACUCUGUUCAUAUUGUCUUUGUAUACAAAAUUGUAUGCAAACAACAUAAUAAUAGUAAGAAUUUAUAUAGCGCAUCUCGGCCAAAGGCCAACUCACUUCACAGAACAAGAGAAAUAGUCACGAAGAAGAACAAUGCGAAGACUGCAUUCCGGCAGUAAAGGGCGAUCACUAGAUUUAACGGUAAGGACUCCAGAGAAUAAGGGUUAGUGACAUAAGAGAACAUGGAAAAUAUAUCGAGAACUCUUCAGAAUAUCAAGAAAUAUAAAUGGAAAAUAUGAAACUUUGAAAAAAAAAAUGUGAUUGUCACUUUAAUUUAUUCACUGAAACGCGAGGUUACUGCCAAAGUAAGUAAAGCAUGGAAUGGAGUGCAGCCAAUAGAUCUAAACAGUUCACACUUCAAAAUAACAUUAAAUACAAUUCUGUAAUUAUGUAACAGCAGCUCACACUGUAUCCCACCAAGUGUGAAAUAUUUAAAUGUUCAAGCCUUCUAACUGGGCUAUAUAUAGUACUGUGACUUCAGUUUACUUCAGUGGCCGCCUGGCAGUAGUCCUGUAGUAUGCAAUAUGACGUCAUUGUAGGAUCAUUUAGGAUGAUGUUACUGUUACAGUCCUACAGGAGACACUUACAGGUCAAACAUAGACAAUGAACUAUAGCAAGCAUCUUCACAACCACAGCCGAUAACAAUUUUCAUGGUUGUAUUCGUGUUCAGCACACCGAGACACUACAGAUUAGUACCUAAGUGGAUAAUAAUUUGACCAGUGUUAUAUCAAGCUAACAGUUUCUUAAAGUGUGAGAAAAAUAAGGAUAAUGGAACCCACAUUGCAAAUCAUAAAAUAUCAGAAUGGAACUAGUAACACCAAACAGAGGUGGUAGUGAUAUGGUUAAGAUUUUGGUGUAGCAAUAAAAGCAUUGCAGUGAUGUACAUCUAUCAUUAGCUGGAUUUCCUGGCCUCUAUUCAAAGUUGCUAGUUGUUUUCUUUCCUUAGACUGUUGCAGUGGUUGUAAAUAUUGCCACGUGGACUGAUUACUGCUUGCUGUUAGUCUUGUAACAUGCAAUAUUUACCCUUUCUUGGUUCUUCCCUGACAUAGAUGCCCAGGGGUUGCACAAGGUGGCUGCACAGCAAUGUGUUGCUUGUUUCUAAGGAUAAAUUUGACUCUUCGUCGAUUUAUUUGUUGACAGCAUUGUUCUGAGAUUGCCAGUGGUGAGAUUGCCAUGUAUACUGAUGAUUACAGGAAGAGUAGCAGGCAGUAGCUAAUAGCAGGUUCAAGAUUGUGGGUUGGGUGACUUUACCUAGUAAAACUCUUUUCCAGUCCUCUGGGCAGCUCAGACAUGAACAUCAGACUGCAUGCAGAAUUGCUUUGUUAUGCGUACAUAUUUUUUUGUCAGCCUGUGCAAGGCCCUCUCCUUAAAUCCACAAUUUGUAUGUGUGGUGAAUUUAUAUAUGUUGCCAUGUAAGACAGAAAGUUUUUAUGCUGUCAACACUUGUUACACUAGUCAUGAUAUUUGUACAAUAGUAGAUUUCAUACUGUUUUAUGAAUAUUUUAAAGAGAAAAUAUUGUAGUUGAUUUCUAUGUGCACAUACAGCAUUUCUCACUUACAUUGGUCUUAGAAACACAUUUGAAAUAUGGUCAUAUUGCUCACUGUGUGCAGCCACUGUCUCAGGUUUCAUAUUAAUAACUGAAUAAGAUUUUCCAUAUGGAUUGGAGUUGCAAACAAGCAUUUUUAUUCGGGGGGUGGGGGUGUUGCUAGUUAACACUUUCCAUUAGUCUAAUGCACAUAUUUUGCUGAUCUACAGGUUCCGGCCAACAACGUUUUAAUAGUCAUGUCUAAGGCAUGGUUUAUUCACUUAACCUUUCAAUUGUCAACCUCAAUACACCUGUACAUAUGAACAUUGCCUGUCACUUCUGGUGUGAUACAAAAAAAAAUACAUCAACAUUUUAACAACACAUGAUAUGGUGUGAUAUUCUUUAAUACAUUAAACAAUGUCCUCCGAAAA